AUGAAGUACUCUGUCGCUGCCGUCUCGGCCUUUGCUGCCGUUGCUCUUGCCAAGCCCUCCAUCACCAACCUGUCCUUCGAUGUCGAGGUUGGCAAGCCCUUCACCCUCACCUUUGCUGGCUGCGCCUCUGGCUGCGACAUUGAGCUGCAGACUGGUGCCAGCAAGGACCUGAAGGACGUCAAGACCCUCGCCACUGGUGUGACCGGUACUUCCACCACCGUGACUCUGGACAAGAUCCCCUCUGGCACCUACAACUUCAAGAUCACCGACUCCACCGGCGACAGCAACUACAGCGCCCAGUUCCCCGUCCAGGGCGACGUUGCUGCCAGCGCCAGUGCCAGCGCCUCCAGCGCCUCAUCCGAGACCAGCGCCAAGGAGACCAACACGGCCACUGCCGCUCCCACUUCUACCGCCGCUUCUUCCUCUGCUGAGAAGUCCACCACUCUUGUCAAGUCCACCACCGCCCACAGCACCGUGGCCUCAAACAGCACCACUGCUGCUCCCACCAGCCACUCUGCCACUGCCAAGCACAACUCUACCAGCUCUGCUCUGACAACCGGUGCUCCCACCACCACUGGUACCGCUGCUGGCCGUCUUGCCUCUCCCAUCGCUCUCGUGGCCGGCGUUGCCCUGGCCCUUGCCUUCCUCUCUUAA